CCCCUGAGCUCCCGAACUGAAGGACUAAUAAUCGACUGUGGCUCAUUUCGUUCAUCAUCGCAGGGAUGUCAGACGCCAAGCAAAUAAUGGCACAGAAAAGUGCUAAAAUCGCCGCUGGAGCCGUUGUGUGCGUUGAAAGCGAAAUAAGAGGAGAUGUGACCAUUGGUGCUAGAACAGUUGUGCACCCCAAAGCGCGGAUCAUAGCAGAGGCAGGGCCUAUAAUUAUUGGAGAGGGUAAUCUAAUAGAGGAGCAGGCGCUCAUUAUUAACAGUUAUCCGGAGAAUAUAAUGCCAGACUCGGAGGGAGCUGAGCCGAAGACCAUGACAAUCGGGACUAACAACGUGUUUGAAGUUGGAUGCGUCUCUCAAGCUUUGAAAAUUGGAGACAACAAUGUGAUUGAGUCCAAGGCUGAUCUCGGGAGAAACGUGAUCCUGACCAGCGGCUGCAUCGUCGGCGCGUGCUGUCAGAUCAACACGUGCGAGGUGGUGCCGGAGAACACGGUCGUGUACGGCUCAAACUGCAUCAGGCGUGUGCAGAGUGAAAAGCCACAGCCUCAGACUCUGCAACUGGACUUCCUCAUGAAGAUCCUGCCCAACUACCACCACCUGAAGAAGACAGUGAAAGGAAACAGCACGCCUGUAAGAAACUAGUGAAGAUCCAGAGGAAUGAAACCCCAAGCACCUCCACACGCAGACUCCUUAAACUCUUGCACUUCACGUCAUGCCUGCCUAUCCUACAGUUCAGUAUUUUACUGUCGAAUUUUAAGUCUUUGCGGUCAUCUUCAUUCUGCCAUUGAGAACAACCACGUGCUACAUUUGCACUUUUGCUUUUAGAUGAAUAUUAUGAAAUGGCAAAUGCAUUAUGCCUAUUUAUGUUAAUGUCUCUCAUCUAUAUUUAUAAAUGCUCUAAUAAAACUACAUAAAUAAUGCAGUAACAAUUCAAACAGGAUUCCUUUCAAGCUCAAUUACUUUAUAGAUCCAAUAUUUUUUGACCACUAGGAGGAACUGUUGAGCAGCUGUUGGCUGAAGGCUUUGUUUCAUCAGGUGAUGCAAAAUAUCCAAUU